AUGCCUGGUACCCUUCGCCAGAUUGCCUUUUCUCUCGGUUGUAGCUUUGUAAAAGGUGUUGGAGGCGCCGCUACAAUACCAUCGGUACUCGGUAUCCUAGCGCAUGCGUUCCCUCCGUCAAGGGCACGUUCAAUGGCUGGAGUUUCCGUUGGGUUGGUUUUGAUUGUAUUCGUACUUGCUCAAGGAGAAAUUGCUUCGGAUGGCUGGAAAACCCCAUAUAUUAUCGCGCUCCUUAUCGUCGGGGUUAUCAAGCUUGCGCCAUUCCUGGUUCAGGAGGGGAAGCUGGAACGGAUCAUUGACAAAGAUCUAUCAAAAGCGGCACCUAUGUGGACACCGCCACCACUUAUGAGGCUCUUGCUCUAGGCUCGGGCAAAGGGACAGAUGGCCGUUAUCCUUGUCAUCGCACUCUUAAAUCGGAGUGCUUUCAUUGGCU